CGCGUGUGAUGGCGUAGUAGCCUACCGUCGACUAAUGAUGAUGUCAGAGACGUUGAAGCUGAGGGUAGAGAGGAAUACUGUAUUUCUAACAGCCAUUAGAUUCGCUUCAAAAUUGUCCAAAUGACAUUGUAGGUAUAUACAUUUUUUAUUUAUUCAACGGAAUUUUAAAAACGUCAUAUUUUUGCAGUCGUGCAUAGUUUUUUGGUUACUGGAAGACGACUUUUUAUUUAUUUUAGGACUUAACGCGAACGACAUGUUUUGCGUUUCCCCGGCAUGGACAGUAGGAUCUUAAUGUUCUUCUGACAUUGUGUUUAUAUUCUGUGAUAAAACCACACAAUGGCCCCGCUUUUCCGUCGAAUGUGAGUUUAUUCUCCGCGUUUGUUGUGCUCGCUACCACAGUGUCAUGCGGUCGCCAUGGAGACGCAGCUCGUUGGCUCGGUGUCGUCCAUGCGAACGUCAAUCAAACCAGUCUCCCUUCAUCUAACCAUAAUAGAAACGUAAAUAUAAUCCGAAAUCCUAAUAAUGAAGACAUAACUGAGUUGCUGCAUAAAUGGGCUCCACGGAGAGGAAAUACGAGCUUUGUGGGCCUUUUUUGCCGAGGAGGCACCCCUCGUUGAAAACGAGUGCAGAGAUUGUGGGUGACGCAAGGAGGAUCCUGCGAGCUCAGUCCACCCAGAGACCUUACACCCCCAGAGAUGCACACAGGCAGCUUUUUGCAAGAAACUCAGUCCGUGCAGACCACAGCAGCAGACCUUCCUCGACCUUCAGUCUGCACGCACAGAAUUUUGAUGUCGGGGACUCCCGGCCGAGUUCAGGGACUCGUCUGUCUCCGCUGGAACAUAAGACAAAGAUUGCAGUUCCCGGAAACGAUGACGUUUCCAAGUCGUCUCCCAAACCGCCCACUGACCCGCUGGACGCCAAGAGGUCGCUGGUGCGAACACGGGCGCGGCUCCUCAAGGCGACAUCUCUCACCAAGUUGCCUCCUUUGGCGGCACACGCAGAUGCAUCACAAGAAAGAUUACAUCCGGGCCCGGCGAAAAAGCUGCCGCCGGCCCAAGCUUUUGUUUCCGGAGACCACAAGGAGCUCUCCGGCGUGCCUCACGUAACUGCACCACGUCGAAGUCAGAGUGAAAGCAGACUAUCGCAGUCCAGUGUUGAUUCCGGACUCGGAAGCUCGGAGUGCAGGGCAGGACCGAGAACAGAUUUGUGUGGGAGUGGAAAGAACAACACAAGCGCAGACUCGCGGUGGGAUACGAUCGCUCCUCUCCUCCAGCGGCUAAAGGCUGCGGCUGCAGGUAGCUGCGAGGGAUCACCGGAGAAUCCGUGUGACUUGUGCGUCGCACUCUACGACGCCCUGGCAGCGUCGGGCAUGCUGGGCCCGCACCGAAGCAAAAGGCGAUCCAGCAUACUGCGAACGCUCUUCCAACUCAUCGACCACAACUCCCCGCCAUUGCACAUGCGUGUCGCCGAGCUGUGCCUCGCCUUACAUGUCAGCGGGAACAACCUGCUCAACAUCUGCAAGCUCAUCUUCCAGAUCAGUCGCAGUGAAGCCAAUGAUGUCCUCUUCCAGAACAACUCAGUCCUAGGUGAACACUGUUUGGUGAUCACAAAACAUCAAAAAGCUGCACCACGUGGAUGUCAAGUGAGGACGGUUUUCUUCCGCCUAGACUCGCUGCUCGGACUGCUGCUGCGCGAGGAUGCGUCCGUGUGCGGCGAAGCGCUGUUUUACUGCGCCGGCACGCUCAAAUUUCUCUCAGGGAACGCCGCCGUCGUCCGCCUCCUGCUGGACAAGAACUGCAUGAGCGCGGCUCACGAUUUCAUCCGGAAACUCUGCAGGGUGGACGACGCUCACGUCACAAUUGCCGGACACAUCCUCGUCCAGAUGACCGCCGCCCUGAGAAAUCUGGCCGACCACCCCGAGGCCCGUCCCCUCUUUGUCUCCCGCUCCGUGAUCUCGGAACUCUGCGCGGUUCUGCGGUGCCAUCGCCAGGACCAAGACGUGUGCACCAAUGUUUCUCGAAUCUACAGUAAACUCUCCUCGUACGCGGAGUGCCGCCUCGCUCUGGCGCAGACCCCUGACUGCUACCAACUAUUUUUAGAACUCCUGAGCAAACACCACCAAAAACAGGACCUCGUCGUGCGUCUCCUCUUCACGCUGGGCAACCUGACGGCCGAGAGCGACGAGGCGCGCCACCGGCUCUUCCGCUGCGAGCCGUCCGCCGGCACCCUGCUGCGGCUCUACGACGACUACCAGCCGAGAGAGGAGGACUCGCCGCCUCCGGCGAGCGCCCGGGAGGCCGAGGACGUGCUGGUGAAGCUGGUCCGGGUGCUGGCCAACGUGUGCAUCCGCGAGGACGUGGGCGCGGCGCUGGCCGGCAACGCCACCUGCGUCCAGCUGCUGAUGGAGACACUGGAGCUGAGGUCCGUGGAGGUUUGCGAGGAGCUGACGGUGAAUGUGGCGGCCGCCAUUAACAACCUGACCUUCUACCACAAAGAAAGCGCCGUGCUCGAACGCAGCCAGCUGGCCAUUGCCCGGUUGAUGCUGAAGUUGGUGCUCAGCUCCAACAUGGCCGCCAUGCUCGAGGCCACCCGCGUCUACGGGAACUUGUCGCAGUCCAAAGAUGUGCGGGACUUUAUAAUGCAGAACAAAGUUCACAGGUUUGUGGUGACGCUGUUGGACUCCAAGAACCCGGAUGUGUGCUUCUCGGCCUGCGGGGUCCUCACCAACCUGGCGCUGGACCCUCCCAACAGAGCCAGUCUCUCACUAGAGGGGGCCACAACCAAGCUGACGGACUGCCUGAGAGACUUGGGAGCGGGUGACUGGCAGCUGUCCGCUCAGCUGUGUCAGGCCUUGUGGAACAUGAGCGGCGGAGACGGCCCCGAGAAGCUGCUGGAAGCCCAGGACAGCGAAUCGCUGCUGGAGAUCCUCACGUCCUAUUUGGACGAAGACAAGGCCCUCAAGUGGACGGAAAAUGAGGACUACCACAGGGCAUCGUGGGAGUUGGAGUUCUUCCCUGUUGCCCAAAAACUUUAUCAUUCCUGGUCAGUGAAAUGUGAAUAAUAUCCUGUAUAUCAUCUAUCUAACAUCUAUACGUACUGUACUUAAAUGACAAAUGUGAAUGUUUGUUUGUUGUGCUCCUGUCUUUUAAAGCCCACAAUCACGGGACUGUUUUUUUUUUAAAGCACUUUAAAGUCCAUCCUCACAUAUCUUUACAACAUUUUGCACAUCUAAAUAACAAACUUUGGGUUUGGUUUUGUGAGCGUGUGUGUCGUAAAUUUAAUGGAAAUUGAUGAGUCACCUCAUUUUCCAUUGGUAAGCAAAUGUUUUAUUGACAUGUAAACAAAUAAAAAGCACAGGAGGAAGCAAGGAA